CGGCAGGCAGGCAGCCGCAGGCCAGGGCUCCCGGCUCCGCAGCGCAACGCCCCGCGCCCCGCUCCGCCCCGACGCGCCGCGCAGGCCGUGCAGGCCGCCGUGCAGGCCGCCGUGCAGGCCGCGCCACUCGCAGUCCGGCCCGUCCCGACCCGGUACGCGGAGCUUCGCGGAGCGGGAGGCCGCAGCAGCACGCGACCGCGCCGACCGCCGUCACUUGCUGCCGGCUCGAGGACCGCGUCGGAGAGUGCCCCCCCGAAGACGUCGCGUCGUAUCGCGUCGUGUCGGACAUCGCUUCGCCGCGGAGGACGAGUAAGGCGUCCGGAACACCCUCGUCGCCGCCGCGCGCUCGUCACUGACUGGGAGCGUACCUGCCCGUCGACGCCGGGUGUGGAUUUCUUUUUUACCGAGAGUUGUCCAAAGAAAAAAAAGUGCCCCUGCUGUGCUCUGUGCGUGUGUGGUUUUUCCUGCCGUGUCAAGAAGUGCGUGCGGCUGUGAAGUGUGUCUUGUUGGCUACACAGUGUGCGCCACUCUCCCUGACCUUCCGCGAGUGCCCUCCGAGGAAGUAAUCCCCUGCCGGUGCGCCUUCAGGCAGCCGUUGAUGCCGCGCCCCGCCGCGCCCUCGGCCCCUCCUCCCUGCAGCUCCUGCAGUCCCUGCAGCGCCUGCAGCACCUGAGCCAUGGGCCGCCCCCCGCACCCGCACGCCGGCCCCCGCGGCCCCCCGCGGCCGCCCCUGGGGCUGACGCUCCUCGCGCUCCUCGGCCUCCUCGGCCUCCUCGGCGCGCUCCAGGUCGCCACGGCUGCCGCCACGGGCCCCGUGUGGAACCAGCAAUUCCUCUCCGGAAGCGUGACGUCGGGGCGCAACAUCAGACACCUGCCCUGCGUGUCGAGGCGCUCGGGCGAGACGGGCGUGUGCAUGUUCGCCUACACGUGCAUGAAGGCGAACGGCACGCACCUGGGCACCUGCAUCGACCGCUUCUACUUCGGGUCGUGCUGCAAGGUGGACCAGGAGGUGCUCGAGUCGCUCUCGAGCGUGGCCAACGACAACGUCAUCAGUAAUCAGGUGUCACUCAACUCGGCGGGCUCGGCCGAGGCCGCUAUCCCCGGGCGGCCCGCGGUGGCCGCGCCGAGGCCGCCGUCAGCGCAGCCCGCGCAGCAGCAGCGGCCGUCGCAGCAGCGCCCGGCCGUCAUCAACGAGAACCACAUCGACCACGUGUUCCACAGCACGGCCGCGCCGGGGCCGACGCCGGACCUCGUCAGCGUGAUCCUCAAGGACCCGCAGCUGUCCACGCCGCUGCCGCUGGCCCGGCCCGGGCUCACGUCCGCGCGGCCCGCGGCGGCCACGCCCGCCCCCUCCCCCGCGCCCGCCACCGAGCAGUCCUUCCUGCUGUCGACGUUCCAGUCCGUGCAGGACAGCAACAAGCCCUACAAGCCCACCGCCAAGCCACCGGCGCCCGCGCCGGCCUCCGGGACUAGCACCCGGCCGACGGCGCGGCCACCCUCGGCGAAGCCCACCGCGAAACCCGGCGGUGCGACAGCGUCACCCACCAAGCGGCCGGCUCCCGGCACAGCGCCCACCAAAAGGCCGUCCGCCAAACCCACCGCCAGGCCGACCACGACCACGAGGAGACCCACGGCGAAGCCCAACGCAUCGGCGAUCCCGUCCACGAGCAGGCCGUCCUCUGCCACGACGGGCACGACCAAGCCUAGACCAAAGCCUACGGCCGCCACCACGACGCGGCGGCCGUCGACGCAGCGUCCGACGUCCACGUCUCAGACCAACCCCACCAAGAGACCAUCCUCCCAGCAGACGACACUACCUACAACGCAGCAGCAGACGACGAGACCCAGACCAACGCAGACGACUCGACCUACGCGGCCUAGCAGCCCGUCAACGACCAGGAGGCCGGCGACUACGAUUCCCUCUUCAAGGCCCCCGACUACAACAACGACGACAACAUCCACGAUCACGACCACAACGAAGCCCGUGUUCUUCAAGCCCAGCACGACGCCGAGGCCGGCACCCACGACCACACAGCGCGGCGAUGAGGGCGCCACCACGCAGGAGGAGGCCGCCAUCCUAUCCAACGAGAUAUCUCCGAUCGGGUCGGUGUCGUCCACUAAGAGCCCCGUCGACGACGUGGAGGAGAACCUCAACCUCGUGAACCCCGUGCGUCCUGGCGCUCCAGCCACGGCUGGGCUCACGACCGGGCCCACCACGCCGGCGGCCACCCUCGUGACGUGGUCUUGGGUCACGGACUCCGACACGCCCAGUCCCAAGCCCGCCGACCUCGAGCCCGCCACCCAGCAGCCCACCACCCUGACGGACGUGGAGACCACCCCCGACCACUGGGUGCAGGUGGAGGUGUCGACGCUGCGGCCCUCCCCGCCGCCCGCGCCGAGCAGCAGACCCACCGCCAGGCCGACCGCCCGGCCGCCCGCCAGCACCCUGGGCACCACGGCGAGCGGCACCGCCGGCACCACGGGCACCCUCGGCACCACCAUGGGGACGACGCAAGGGACGACGGCGGGCACCACCCUCCCCGUCACCAGGCCGGCGACGGAAGCGCCCACGACGGAGAGCAUGCCGGAGACCACCGAGCUGCCGAGCACCUUAACGACGUGGAGCACCUCAGGGAGCACAGCCGGGAGCACGGCCGGCACUACGUCCGGGAGCACUAGUGCAGGCACCACUAGCGGCACUAUUGUAGAGAGCACUAGCCCGGGGAGCACAAGUCCAGGGAGCACCAGUCCGGGGAGCACCAGCCCGGGGAGCACCAGCCCGGGGAGCACCAGUCCAGGAAGCACCAGUCCAGGAAGCACCAGUCCUGGAAGCACCAGUCCUGGAAGCACCAGUCCAGGAAGCACCGACGAGCCGCCACCACCAGUUCCCGGACUCGAUGUUGAGCAACUCACCCAGCUCAACAUGAGCGACUUCAGAAACGUGUGCGGCCGCCGGCUGUUCCCCGAGGCCAGGAUCGUCGGCGGGGAGAAGGCGACGUUCGGCAAGUGGCCGUGGCAGAUCUCCCUGCGCCAGUGGAGGACCUCCACGUUCCUGCACAAGUGCGGCGCCGCGCUGCUCAACGAGAACUGGGCCAUCACGGCGGCGCACUGCGUCGACAACGUGCCGCCGACGCACCUGAUGCUGCGCCUCGGCGAGCACGACCUCUCCACGGAGGAGGAGCCGUACGGCUACCGGGAGCACCGCGUCCAGCUCAUCGCCAGCCACCCGCAGUUCGACUCGCGGACGUUCGAGUACGACCUGGCCAUGCUGCGCUUCUACGAGCCGGUCCAGUUCCAGCCAAACAUCCUGCCAAUCUGCGUGCCCCAGGACGACACCAACUUUGUCGGGCGGACGGCGCAUGUCACCGGAUGGGGCCGCAUCUACGAGGAGGGUCCUCUACCGAGCGUGCUGCAGGAAGUGUCGGUCCCUGUCAUCAACAACUCUGUGUGUGAGACCAUGUACCACGCUGCAGGGUACAUCGAGCACAUCCCAAACAUCUUCAUCUGUGCGGGAUGGCGGAAGGGCGGGUUCGACUCCUGUGAGGGCGAUAGUGGUGGUCCCAUGGUGAUCCAGCGGCCGGAGGACAAGCGCUGGGUCCUGGCUGGAGUCAUAUCCUGGGGCAUUGGCUGCGCGGAGCCCAACCAGCCCGGCGUCUACACGCGCAUAUCCGAGUUCAGAGACUGGAUCAACCAAAUCAUGCAGUUCUAGGCGCACGCUUGCUGCACGCGAGUGCAGUGUGACGGUGCAAGUCAGUGGUGUGCGACCCGUGCCGGGGUCCAGCACGCCCCCACCCGACCAGCGGAGGCGGAACUACCGAACAAUCACGCGUGGCCGCGUGUCGGUUCAACUCCACGCCGUCGUUCUGCUGCUGGCGCAGGAAAAACAUAACCGAAGACUGAAGAGAGACGGGGCGCCCUGUGGACAAUGAGAGGGACCUCCUGAACACCAGAGCGGUACUGAGCGGUGCGCAGUGAAGGGCGGCGGCUGGCAACAUCAAACUGCCAUAUCUAGAACAAUCUAGAGAACAUAAUGUUUCUAGAGUGUUACCUAGAGUGAUCUAGAGAAAUGAUUUCUAGAAUAAUUAGAGUUAUGUGAAUGGGCAUCGUGAAGGCCCUUCGCUAGUGGUGAUGUGUUUCAAACACAACCUGACUCGGGGCCGAGUGAUUGUGAUAUGCUAAGUGCAAUGACUAUUUUUUUUUUUAUUGGAAUGACCUUCAUUUUUUAGUGUAGGUCUUUGUGCACAACAGUUAAUAGUGCGGUCAGGAGAGUAGACCCGGUGCGGCAGUGUCUGUGAUGACCAUUAAAAGGACUCAGGUCUUUAUGCAGAUGCGGCCAUAUCGCUGAAAUAGUAUGAUUCUUAUUGUUUGGUGCAAUAUGUGAAUGCUUUAAUCCUUUGGUCUUUUAAGUUUCUCAGUUUUGUUGUUAAAAACAAAUCAGAUAUAGUUAUGAACGAUAUCUCACCGUACUGCAUAGUUCUUUGUUUUGUUUAUUUAUUGAAAUCAUUGAUUCCAUUUCAUGCCACAGUUCAAGAGAAUACAAACCUCUUCACACUUUGUGUGUCCUAUUUCUUUUAGCGUAUUUUUAUGAAAAGAAUUGCCAAUCCUAUUUUUAUAUCAUAUUAAACUUUGUCUCGCAAAAGAAAACGUAUGCACUAAGUGUGAUCGUAGUAUGAGAUGGAGUAAGAGACAAUGAGAUAUUUAACUCAGAUGGGUAACCAUAUUAGAAGAGCAUCAAAUAGUUGGACAGAAAACAAUAAUUCAAUAUCUAUUGAAGAUGUGUUAAAUUACGUUGCAACUGUAUUGUAUUUUUUUUUAUUUUGUUGCUCGACUGGGUUGAAUGCCUUAUUUUCCAUUGUGUUGCAAGAAGUGAUAAUUGCAUAUCAAAGUAUUUAGAGACCUAUCUGUUGAUUAAUUUAUUUUAAAAUGUGUUAUUUUAAUUAUUAAAUUAAUAUUUGUACAUAGAGAUAGAAGGUGUGAUGUGUAAAUUUUACUUUAAUGACAAUGAUGAGUGAAAGUUUUAUUGUUCUUUGCCAAGGGUACUGUGCGAGUGUAUGAAUGGUUUUGUAAUUUAUUAAAAUAAAAAGUAAAACAAACAACUA